AUGACUCCGAGAAGGUCAGAAAGGUUACGUGAGAACAAAAAAGAGGAGACUCCCAUAUCACCAAAAGAAGUGAAAGAAAGGCAUGAAAAGGACGAAAGAACGCGUUCUGAUAAAGCCAAAAAACGCAAAAGGAAGGAUACUACACCAAUUAAAGAAGCCACAGUUGCCAAGAAAACGAAACAAACCAAAAGAAAUAAGGAAUCUAAACUUAAAGCCAACAAAAGCACUUACGAAACAAAGGAACCUAAGCCUAAACGUAAAACCAAACAAAAAAUACCUCUCGACAUGUCUUUUACACGGAGUAAAGUUACAAAAUACGUUGGCGCACACGUUAGUAUUUCAGGUGGGGUACAAAAUGCUAUUAUCAAUAGUCUUAUUAUCAGGGCCAAUGCCUUUGCAAUUUUCUUGAGAAAUCAAAGAAGAUGGACGGCACCACCACUAGAUCCUGAGAAAGUUAAAGCAUUUCGAGAAAAUUGUAUACAACAUAAUUAUGCUUCAAAAUUUAUUUUGCCUCAUGGGAGUUAUCUAAUCAAUUUAGGUAAUCCUGAUCAAGAAAAACGCGAGAAAAGUUAUCAGGCUUUUCUGGAGGAUUUAAAUCGUUGUGAAUUACUAGGAUUAUCUUUAUAUAAUUUUCAUCCUGGCUCAACAGUUGGGCAGUGCACAAAAGAACAAUCUAUACAACAUAUCGCGGAUUGUAUCAAUAAAGCACAUGAGGAAACUUCGAGCGUAACGUGUGUUAUCGAAAACAUGGCGGGCGCGGGUAAUAUUAUUGGAUCGAGGUUCGAGGAACUUGGAGACAUCAUUUCACGGGUAAAGGAUAAGAGUCGAGUUGGUGUCUGUAUUGACACUUGUCAUGCCUUUGCUGCGGGAUAUGAUUUACGUACUCGGAAAGCGUAUGAAAAAACCAUGUCGGAAUUCUCUCAACAUAUUGGAUUUCAGUAUUUACGAGGGAUGCAUUUAAACGAUUCAAAAACCCAAUUAAAAUCCUUUCGAGAUCGUCAUGCUAAUAUAGGAAAAGGAUAUUUGGGGUUAGAAGCAUUUCGUUUAAUUAUGAAUGAUGAUCGAUUAAAUGAAAUUCCAUUAAUUCUAGAAACUCCCGUUGGACCUGAUGACGAAUUCUCAGAUUGGGAUAAAGAAAUUGAAUUACUUUAUGGACUUGUAGGAAUCGAACAUGUAAAAAGCGCACAUCACCGAAAAGGAUACCGUAAAAAUGAGACCAUUAUAAGACUUUUAUAUAAUAUAGGCUCAAGAAAAGAAGUUGAACAAUAUCUUCGACACUUUUCUUCGGUAGAAUCACAGAAAUUCGCGGUAAUAAAAGUUGGAGGAGCCGUCUUAUCAGAUGAAUUAGAUACCCUUGCAUCAUCUAUAACAUUUUUAAAUCGAGUAGGGUUAUAUCCAAUCGUAUUACAUGGAGCUGGACCACAAAUGAAUAAAUUAUUGGAAGAGGCGGGCGUUGAACCGAAUUAUAUCGAUGGUAUUCGUGUGACGGAUGCCAAAACCUUAGAAAUCGCAAGAGGAGUGUUCUUGCAAGAAAAUCUCAAGUUAGUUGAGGCUUUAGAACGUUUAGGUACUCCAGCUAGGCCAAUUCCUGGUGGUGUGUUCAUCGCGGAUUAUCUAGAUAGGGAAAAAUACGGUUACGUCGGAAAAAUCACCGGUGUACACAAGAGGGUCGUCGAGGCCAGUGUGAAUUCCGGUGCGUUGCCAAUCUUGACUAGCUUGGCCGAAACUCCUUCCGGUCAGAUUUUAAAUGUUAACGCUGACGUGGCCGCCGGAGAGUUAGCCAGGGUUUUAGAACCAUUAAAGAUCAUCUACCUUAGUGAAAAGGGAGGUCUCUUACAUGGUGAAACCAAUAAGAAGAUUGAUGUGAUAAACCUUGAUGAGGAAUAUGAGAAUUACAUGGCACAACCAUGGGUGAAAUAUGGUACGAGGUUGAAGAUUAGGGAGAUCAAGGAACUUCUGGAUCAUUUGCCUCGUUCUUCAUCGGUUGCAAUAACUUCUUCCGGUCAACUUCAUAAAGAAUUAUUCACUGAUUACGGAGCCGGAACGUUGAUUCGCCGAGGAUAUCGCCUCUUUAAAUAUAAUUCCGUUAAUGAAACCGAUAAUGCGAAAUUACAACAAAUCUUACAACAAUCUAUUUCCGAUUCAUCUUCAUACAUUCAACAACUUGGAAAGAAAUCUCACGCAAUCUAUAGUGAUGAACCUUAUGAAGUGUUGGCGGUCGUGUCACAAGAUAAUGCCAUCCCAAUCCUUGAUAAAUUUAUCGCAUCCAAAAAUGGGGUCUUGAAUAACGUGACGGAUAAUAUUUGGUCCAUGAUACAAAAGGAUUACCCUCGAUUAACUUGGGUUGCGGAUGAAAAUGACGAGAAUAAAUCUUGGUUCUUUGACAGAUCUGAUGGUAGCUACACCAGUAAUGGAAAGAUUUUGUUCUGGUAUGGCAUCGAGAAUAUCGAUGAUGUUACCAAAAUCAUUAAAAAUUUCGUAUCUAACCAAGGAGUCGCUUCUUCAACAAAAUCCGGAAACGCAUUCACGAACAAUUCCCGAUCAUAUUCAACCUUUACUAGAAAGAAUAAUGCAUUUUCACCAUCCAGUCUAUUGCGCCGUCAAUAUUCCACAUCUACAAGCCCAGCAAGGGUCGCUUUAAUCGGGGCUCGUGGAUAUACCGGAAGGAACCUCAUUUCACUCUUAAAUGCUCAUCCUCAUCUUUCCUUAUCUCAUGUAUCUUCUCGAGAGCUUGAAGGUCAAAAAUUGGACGGUUAUACAAAAGAUGACAUUAAGUAUGUUAAUUUGAAAGCCGAACAAGUUAAGGAGAUGCAAAAGAAUGGCGAGGUUGAUUGUUGGGUAAUGGCUUUACCCAAUGGCGUUUGUGCACCGUUUGUUCAAGCCGUUAACGAAGGUCAAGUGGGCAAAAGUUUGAUCGUCGAUUUGAGCGCAGAUUAUCGUUUUACUGAUGAAUGGACUUAUGGUUUACCUGGACAUUUAAUCCAUUUAGAACUCGGGGAUCGCAACGCCAUUAUUAAAGCCACCAGAAUCUCAAAUCCUGGUUGUUAUGCAACGGGUUCACAAAUUGCUAUUGCUCCAUUAAUCCCAUAUAUAUCAGAAUCUCCGACUGUAUUUGGAGUUUCGGGUUAUUCGGGUGCUGGCACAAAACCAUCACCAAAAAAUGAUCCAGAAUUCCUUAAAGACAAUCUAAUACCAUACGCUUUAACAGAUCAUAUUCAUGAACGUGAGGUUUCUCAUCGGUUAGGAACAAGUGUUAACUUCAUCCCACAUGUUGCUUCAUAUUUCCAAGGGAUAAAUAUAACUGCCAAUAUUCCUUUGAACAAAACUUUUAAAUCUUCGGAAAUUAAAGAAUUAUUCGAACAAAAAUAUGCGGGAGAAAAGCUUAUUAAGGUUGUAGAAGAUAUUCCACUUGUAAAAGAUAAUUCCGAAAAACAUUUUGUUAAGGUUGGAGGAUUCGGUGUACAUUCAUCUGGUAAAAGGGUUGUGGUCGUUGCUACCAUUGAUAAUUUGUUGAAAGGUGCCGCUACCCAAGCUUUGCAGAAUAUGAAUCUUGCCUUGGGUUAUGAUGAAUACGCAGGUAUUCCACUUGAAUAA